UUGAAGAUCGGAGAUCAGAUUCCCGCGGACGGAGUGUUCCUCGAUGGACAUUCGCUGAAGAUCGACGAAUCGAGUAUGACUGGAGAGAGCGAACACGCUGAAGUAAAUCACGAAAUUAAUCCGUUUCUGCUAUCAGGAACCAAAGUGAACGAUGGAUUUGGUGUGAUGAUGGUGACUUCUGUGGGAAUGAACACAGCCUGGGGAGAAAUGAUGAGUUCAAUUAGAAGGGAAAUUAAUGAGGAAACUCCACUGCAAGCUCGUCUGAACAAGAUGACCGCCAUUAUCGGGAAGCUAGGACUGACGGUCGCAGUGGUGGUGCUUCUUGUUCUUCUGGCUCGCUAUUUCACUGGUAGCACCGGCGAGUUCAAUGGAAGCAAGACGAGGUUCGAUGAUGUUAUGAAUGCAGUUCUUGGCAUGGUUGCGGCGGCUGUUACAAUCGUUGUGGUGGCGAUUCCGGAAGGUUUGCCUCUAGCUGUUACUUUAACUUUAGCUUACUCCAUGAAAAAGAUGAUGGCGGAUAAUGCAAUGGUUCGGAAACUCUCUGCUUGUGAGACCAUGGGCUCAGCAACAACAAUUUGUACCGAUAAAACUGGUACCCUUACUUUGAAUCAGAUGAAAGUUACAGAG